AUGAGUGACCUUCUGCCUUUGCUAAGUGGUUCAAAUGACUACGAAAGUUACAUUCAACCAAAAAGGGAAAGUGCUGAUAACACUAAAUCUGAAGCAUGGUAUAUUCUCCGAGCAGCGGCCCCCUUAGUGGUAACCUUUGUUUUACAAUAUCUUCUCUCAGUUACUUCUAUUUAUGCCUCGGGUAAGCUAGGGUCCUUAGAACUUGCAGCAACAUCUUUGGCAGUAUGCUCUUUUAAUAUAACUGGAUUGGCUAUAUAUCAAGGCAUGGCGACAAGUUUGGAUUUUUUCUGUCCCCAGGCAUAUGGUUCUGGUAAUAUUACAGAUGUUGGAUUAUAUUUUCAAAGGUGCUUGGCACUAGGCUUAGCAAUUACCGUUUGUCCGUUAGCUUUAAUUUGGUGGUUUUCAGGUUCCAUUUUAAAGCUUAUGGUACCCAACGAAGACAUUGUGAUGUUGGCUCAGCAGUACAUGAGAAUCAUUAUAAUAGGGGCGCCAGGCCUUUUGAUGUUCGAAACUGGUAAAAGGUUUUUACAAGCUCAACAUAUAUACAAUGCUGGCAUUUAUGUGCUAGCAGUGGCUUCACCUGUGAAUGUUAUUUUGCAUUGGUUAUUGGUAUGGAACGAGAGUACUGGUCUCGGGUUCAUUGGGGCACCUAUUGCAGUUUCAAUUACUUUCUGGCUUUUAAGUAUUCUUAUGUUGUUAUAUGUCCUUCUAAUUGAUGGUAAAAAGUGUUGGGCAAAAUUUGAAUCUCGAGCUUUAACAAAUUGGAAGCCAAUGUUAAAAUUAGCUAUUCCCGGAACCAUUAUGGUCGAGGCUGAAUAUCUUGCAUUCGAAGUGUUGACGAUACUUGCCGCUUCAUUCGGAACUGAUGCCUUGGCAGCGCAGUCCAUUGCUGCAAAUAUUGCGGCUUUGUUGUAUCAAUUACCAUUUGCAAUAUCAGUGAUCCUUUCAACAAGAGUCAGUUACUUGAUUGGGUUGGAGGAUGUGUUAGCAGCUAAGCUUGUUAUUCGCAUUUCUACUUAUUUAUCGUUAGGAAUUUCGACUCUCAAUUUUUGUAUAGUAUUUUUCGGAAGACUGGUAUUGAGUCGGUUUUUCACUAACUCGGAGGAUGUUAUCAGUAUGAGCAAGAAUCUACUUGUAUUGACCUCGAUUAACCAGAUUGCGGAUGCAUUCAAUGUUUCAGGUGCAGGGAUUUUAAGGGGUCAAGGAAGACAGAGAAUAGGAUCACUUUUGAGUUUAUUUUCUUACUAUAUAAUUGCACUUCCAGUGGGAUAUUUGCUAGCAUUCAAGGUCCAUAUCGGGCUCCCUGGUUUGUGGGUUGGAUUAAUAUGUGCGGUAGCAUUUUUGGCUUUGAGUGAAUAUCUUUGUAUAAUUAAGUGCAAUUGGCCAAGAAUUUUGACGGAGAGCCAGAAUAGAUUAGAUUAA